CCUAUUAGGAUGUCGUCAUGCCAUAUUAAAUUAUGACGAUAUGUCGCCAUCCUACUUUGAGGAUGUCGUCAUCUUGCCUGUAUUUUGUCGUCAUCCUGAGAUAAAACAUGUCAGUAUCUGAACAAAUUGGAUGGCACUUCCAGAGCUCCGUACCUAUUAUAUCUGCCCCAGGCAUACGGUAUACAAUGUACAUGUACAUGUAUAGCUCCUCACUUCAAAAUAGAGCUGCUUGUUUGGUGUUUCGGCGCCUCGAGACUAGCUGCAGAACGGUUUAACGCAUUGCUGAAGAAUCUACAUUGGUUUUCAGUCAAUAAUAGGAUUCUGUGCUUUGUACGCUUUGUUUUUUGUCUCACCUCCAUGGAGGUAGGAAACACCAAGCCGAAGCGCCGCUAUAUUUUCCGACUGCGUUUCCGAACACCAACCAGGAAUAGAGGAGGAUUUUCCUUACACAUACCAAUAGAGCAAGGAACGUGACGGGUGUCCGUAUACUACUGCCACUCGUGAAACCAACUGAAUGUUUAGAUUUCAUCAUGAAAAUGCCUAAGCUGUACAUACGUCUUAUUGCGUUUGUCCUGAUGUUGGGACUAGUUCCGGUUGCAGCCGAACAAUCAACGGACGACUCCGCACGGAAAUCCAAGGUCAUGUUGCUUCUGCUAGAUGGAAUGCGUUCUGACCUCUACGGCGAAGCUCUUCCAGGACUUAAAUCCAUGGAGUUAAACGGCGUGCGGGCUGAGUGGCUGACCCCUGCCUACAUCACCCUGUCUAUGCCCUGCAUGUAUACCAUAGUUACAGGUUUGUAUCCGGAGAGCCACGGAAUCACAUUCAACAAGUACUACAAUCUCUCCACUGGCUACAAAUCCAAGACAUUCUACGAGACUCUCAACAUCACCGACUGGUUCAACGCCCCAGGAGUUGAACCCAUAUGGGUGACUGCGAUCAAGCAAGGUCUCAAGGCUGGGACCGUCCAGUAUCCAGGAGGCAACGUGGCUAUACAGGGCAUACGCCCCACCAAGAAUUCUCCCGGAGUACCCUGGCAGCAGCUAGGUCAGUACCCGCUCAAAGGGCUGAUAGACAUCGGUUUGGAUUGGCUGAAGAAUGACGAUAUGGACCUGGUGCUUGUCUACUCUGGCCAACCAGACAGCACCUUACACGGCCUGGGGAUCGGUAGCGAGGCCGCUAAGGCCAAGAUUCACGAGGUCGAUGAGGCAGUGGAGUAUCUCUUCGAGAAAAGCCGAGCGAUGGGAUUGGGCAACACCCUUGACGUCAUCGUGACGAGCGAUCAUGGUCACGUGAACAUCGACAAGCGUCGCUAUGUUGAACUUUAUAAUUACAUCAACGCCAGUGAUAUUCAGAUGGGGCUUCUCGACUAUGGGAAUACGUUCCAGAUAGAGCCGGUGGAAGGCAAGCUUGACACGCUUUACGACGCCUUGGUGGACGCCCAUCCGCAGCUGAAUGUCUACAAGAAAGAGGAUUUCCCUGUUCGCUUCCACUAUGCCAACAGCGAUCGAAUCAUGAAGUUACUGGGCUAUGUUGAUUCCAACUGGUACCUCUUCUCUCGAAAGACGGAGAGUAGUUUCUUCUUAGCUGCCGACCACGGCUAUGACAACCAGAAUCCCGAGAUGAGGUCCAUCCUCUACGCUCAGGGGCCUAGCUUCAAAAAGGGAUUCAGGGGCGAGCACUUGGAGUCGGUCAACAUCUAUCCACUGAUCUGCGACCUGCUGGGUUUAGACCCCGCCCCUAACAACGGUUCCCUUCAGAACUACAAGGCUUUCCUUGACGAUGGUUCGAGCAGCGCCUCAACUGUCCGUUCCCUGGGAGUAGCCACGUUGGUAUCCAUGUACACUAUGAUGAUCGCACUGAUCUACAAUUAAUGAAAGAAAACGAAAAACCUAUUCAGUCUGUGUUGUGAUAAUGUGGUAUUUUGAAAUAAAUAAAUGUAAUUACCAGUAGCAUUAAAAUCUGCUGGGAGAGAAAUGGCGUAAAUAUUUCAUAAAAGGAACAAGAUCCAAAAAGAAAAAAUCCACGUCUGCAAAUGGAAAAAAAUACCAAAACCUG